UAGCUUUAGCUCGGUGGUGUAGGUAAACAAAGCUCCGCCUACGUCAUACGAGUUCAAGAGUGGAUGGUGUUUGUACUCGAGAAUAUAUUGUUUUCCGCGAUGAGCCGUAAAAGGCAUCACGCUGGCAGGCUAUUGACAAUUUUUUAAGAUCCAGUUGGGCCAGGCAGGCUCCCAACAUAAGUGGUCCAAGUCCUGCACACUACUACUAUCAAAUAUCUUGAAGGAAAACCUUAAUUGGGCAUUAGUCCAGAUUCAGCCAUGGGAGAGGUUGAUAAACCUUUUGGGUGUCCCCAGCCUGGCUGUGGCAUGAGCUUCACUAAUGAGGAUCAUCUGACAGUGCAUCGUAGACGUCAUGAGAUGCAACUUACAGUCAACGGAGAUCAUCACACAUCAUCUCUAGUCAAACAUCAUGGAUACAUAAUUGACCAGACACCUACUCCAACAAGGUUCUUACGGCAAUGUGAGGAAGUGGGACUGUUCCAGGAAAUAAACUUGAACCCCUUUGAUGAACAGUUUAGAAGAGCAUCACUUCUCAGGUCACAUCACUCUCUCACUGAGGCUCUUGGAGGGAAUGGAGGAGAAAGCCUUGACACACCACGAGUACUCCCACCUGUAGAUUCUGAUGAAACUAUUUCUUCCACGUCUCGAGAUGAUGUGUCUGUCACGUCAACCACGGCCAUGACCACUGCCACCAUCACCACGUCUAGCAUCUCUGCAUCUCGUUUACAAACUACCACCUCGGGCUGCACUCCACCGCAGUCCUCUUCAAGAGUCAUAGAAGUCGAGGGAGACCUAGACAAGACUGAACAAUUACCCAGACGGCUCUCUCUCAACGUCUCUUCAGCCGCUGAAGCAAGUCAACAGUCAAGCUCUGUGAUAUCCACACCUACACCUGUCAUUACUGCAGGGCCAUCAGUGACCCAGUCCCUUGGUGUAGUGGAUGUGGCUGGUGGGAGUGUGAAGAUAAAUGGGCUGGCACAGUCCUCCCCCCAGCAGCCAGCCCUCUGUGCUGCCGCCAGCUGUGUCCCUCCAUCUCCAAGUGCCACUGUCCUUCAGCUGCUCCUCAGAUUACCCAAUGGUCAAGCAAUCCCAGUUGAAAUUCCUGCAACUCCAGUUGUUUCUUCAUCCAAUUCAAGUGGAACCACAAAUGGCACAGUCUCCUCCAUUGCUGGUUCACUACCUCACUCAGUAGAAAGUAGAUCACCACAUCAGUCACUUGCCAAGAUGAAGUUAAAACAAGCCUUGGCCUCCAGCAGUACUGCAGCACGGCCAGGCUGUAGUAAGAUAUCACGAGCCAAUACAGCUGACCGCAUUGCUGAAAUGACCAGGUCACGUAAUUUCAGUGGCACCAGUAGUACUGAGGGUGAGGGGGAGGAAGACAGCACAAGUGGUAAUGGUAACAUUUUGAAAGGAGAGCGAAGGCGCCGCCAUUCUUCAGAUAAUGAAGAUCCUGCAGAGAAACGAAAAAAAUUCCUAGAAAGAAACAGAGCAGCUGCCAUAAGAUGUAGAGAAAAAAAGAAAAAAUGGAUUGAAAAUUUGUCUAUAAAAUAUGAUGAGUUGGGAUCCAUCAAUCAGAAACUACAGACUGAAGUAUCAUCUCUACGUUCUGAAGUUGCAAUCCUAAAAUCAAUGCUUUUACAACACAAAGACUGUCCAGUUACUCUGGCCAUGCAGGGAGAUGGCAGCUUGGACUGUGUAAACUGCAGUAGUGACUUGGCUCCCUUACCACCAAUAUUGGCACCUUUGUCAGUGGGUGUUCACAUUUCUGGCCAGCCUCAACACAAACCUCGCACCCGUUCUCUCUCUCUACCAUCGAUACCCUCGUCUAGUGGAACAGUGAUGGAGCCUCUGCCAGUGAACUUAUCGUGUUCAACUUACACCGUUUCCCCAGCAUGUACAGCGGUAACUUCUGUAUCUUCGUCAACCAAGGUGGGUGUUAUACCAGCAGUAUCUCCUGUAGCAGCCUCCAUGAGCCCUGUCAACUUGACUAACAGUCUCAUCACAACUAGCCAACACCCAGCUGCCCUCAACCCUACCACUACCAGUGCCCGUCUAAGUCAGCCUGGAGCAAUCUUUAAGCUUUCACAUGCACCCUUAGCCCACAAACACACCUCCAGUCCUCAGCUGCUUAUCCCAGCCACAGGAGCCUCUCAGUUUUUGCCCACAAGUUUUCUCAACUACUCACCUCCACCAAACUGUGAGUUAAUUGAUUCUGUGGAUAUAUAUUGUGAAGGCUGUUGAUUUACGGGUCAUAACUGUUACAUGUACAGUACUUUAGUAUUCUGCUGUCAUCAUGAACACAAUACUGUUUUCCAAAAAUGUUCAUUUCUUCUUGGAUUAUGACAUGGAUAAAACAUCUCCAUGUUAUUAUUUAUUUGAAGAAGGAGCAAGGCUGUCAUGUAAAACAAUAGGGUGAUCCCAGAGAGAGUACAACCACCAGCGUUGUAAUUCCAUAUAAAUCUAAACAAAGCCAUAACUAAUGAUACCUUUAAUAAAAUGUGGUCAUACAGCUAAUAGAUAUGGUCACUUGAAAACCAUAAUAAUAUCCGCCACAUACCGCUCGUUCUGGCUCACAGGGAUAUCACUGAUUAAUGUUGUUUUUCUAUCUCCUUGCCAUGUUGUCACCUCCUGGACACAUCCAAAAUGGCUAGCGACAGACUCACGAGUUUUAUAGCUACUAAUGACUGCAAUAACCAUAAGAGUAUUUCAGAUAGGAAUAUAAAUCUGCAGGAAGGCAAACCUUUCACAUUUUAGAACAAGUAUCUGCCCCAUAGAGUUUAAGUAGGUAGUAAGCAGCUACCAAACAGAGAGGAACUACUGCCUGGGAAGAUAUUGGAAGCAUAAUGUGUUGUCUAAUGGU